AUGGCUAGCCACGGCGCCGUUCAUCCAGAUACGGCCAUUAAAACCAAGGUUACUUUUAACGGGAACACUCGUUGCUUCAAGCUCGUCUUGAGGGAUCUCGGUGCAAGUGUCCUUCUUCCAAAGGUAGUACUACACUAAAUUCCAUAACCCCUCAUCUUGAAUGCCUCUGCGUGUCGUGCCUCCCCCUCCCCGUGUAGCCGACCCUCGGGCGGCGACGAUGCUACGAGGAGGGGGGGGGGAGGGGCAAAAAAAAAAAAAAAAAAAAGAACGAAAAAGUGAAGCAAAGCCUUACGUGAUGAAUAAUGUGUGAAAGCUGACUUGACAUGACUUACCGAUGUUAUAGCUUCGCACUCUUCUCGCUAUUCCUGAGGACAAACAAGUAAUAUUUGAAAGAUACUCCGAUAGCGCUGGUGGCUACGUUAUCCUCGAUAUCGCCGACCCCGCUGCUUUCAAGCAACUCUAUCGAGCUGCGAGAGCUAAGUUGAAGCUCAGGAUCCAAGCGACUAUUGUUCCUGCAGAGGGUAAAAACCCUCUAUCAUAUCUCUCAACCUUGUCGGGCUAAAUUGCUGACGUUGCUUCAGUCCCUGCUCCUGUUGACCCUUCUUCGUCCACUGACACAUUAACGGAUCAGAGGAAUGUCCCAUCCACAGAAGCUGGCCCUUCAAGCCAACCUUCAUCAUCCAACGUCAGCCACUUUUCGUUGCCUCCAGCAUACGCAUCUAAAGUCUCCCUCGUACCAGCAGAGACUCCAUUCGAGGAACUGGCAGCUGUAGAUAUGACCACCAAGUUUGCUCCGCCUCCUGACCUCGGUCAAGCCGUUGCCGAUGCUGUCUCUACCUACUUGACUGGCGACGAGUAUCUUCAGAAACUCAGGGAAACCGUCCGUGAGGAGGUGGGGAAGGAGGUUGAGAAAUUCGAGAAGAGUUCCGAGAAACCCGAGCGGGCCCCAUCGGAGGCCCCGGUUCCCGCUCCAUUCACCGCUCCUCCUGCCGAUGCUUCGGAAUUUGAAAAUUUCGAGACUAAGGUUGCCCCCUCGCCUUUCACCUAUGCUAUUUACUGCAAUUCUUGCGAGAAUAGCAUUAAGGAUGUGCAUUAUCAUUGCGGGUGCUGCGAUAGAGGGGACUACGACCUCUGUAAGAGUUGUGUGGCUCGUGGGAUUCACUGCAAAGACUCCACUCAUUGGUUGAUUAAGCGUGUGCUUUCUCCCACGGGGGUUAUUGUCUCUAGUACGACCGAGUCUGUUUCUCAGAAGGAUGGAUCUGUGCAAACCUCUUCCCGUCGUACUUGCAACUGUUGUGUUGUCGGUGAGUUGUAUCCCUUGAUGUCUGGCUUUUAUCUGGAAUACCAGCUACUAAAUCUCCCUUACAGAUUUACCUAGCAAGGAGUUCGUCACAUGUAAGGUGUGCGAAGACUAUGAUGUUUGCAUCUCGUGUCACACUUCGCUCAAACAUGGCCACAACCCGAGCCACGAGUUUGUGCCGGCUGCUCCAGAAACCACGCUUGAGCCACAUGCAGUCUCCCUUCUUGCUCCUGGUCGGGCUUAUUGCCACUUUGCUAUUUGCGAUGGCUGUGAUAAGGUUUGUUUAACCCUCUGUAUGCUUACUCGAACGGUUUCUGAUUGAUAUAUAGCAAAUUUAUGGUGUGAGAAGUAAGUGCUUGAACUGCCCUGACUGGGAUUAUUGCGCAAGCUGUAUCUCCACCGCGUCCGAGAGCCAUCCUGGGCACCGCUUUGUCCCUAUAUACGAGCCGCUACCCGUCGGGUCCAUCAGUACCGACUUUUCCAGACAUUUUGGUGUUUAUUGUGAUGGGCCAAUGUGUGCUGAUAAACCCAAUCAGUCUUGGAUUGUCGGCGAUAGGUAUAAGUGUGCUGUAUGCCCUGAUACAGAUUUCUGUGCCUCCUGCGAGGCCUCCCCUACAAACCCACACAACGUAUCGCAUCCUCUUAUCAAGUUGAAGACUCCGGUUCGCAAUGUUCAUGUCACAACCAUGGAGAAUCAGGAUUCGGAAAACAUCAUGGGUGAUGUUCCCGUUCCCGUUCCCACUACCAAUGCUGCUACUCAGGUCCAGACUGUUGCUGAAGUUAAACCUGCAGAGGAGCCCGAACCACCCUUCGAGAAUGUGGAGGAGUAUCUUGAGAAGCCCGUCCCAGCUGCCGAGGAAGCGAAGUUUGAGCCAGAGGCCGAGCCAAAGAUUAGGGCCGGGCCCGAACCCGAACCAGUGGCGCCAGGGCCGGAGCCACUACGGGCUACCUUUGUUAGGGACACCAUUCCCGACGGCUGUGAAGUGAUCGCUGGCGAGGAAUUCACUCAAACAUGGAUACUGAACAACAGUGGCAGCUCCACAUGGCCUGCCGGUGUUUCCGUUCAGUUUGUUUGUGGUGAUGAGAUGUUCAGGAGCAAUGAAGGAUCCCCUAUCAGCCCUACCGUAUCUUCCACUGAAACCCUCCCGGGUCACCAUGUUGCUUUCAGCGUUAACCUAAAGGCGCCUUUCGUCACCAGCCGUCGUUUGAUCACCUACUGGCGCCUGGUUGGGCCCGAUGGAUCCAGAUUUGGAGACAAGCUCUGGUGCGAGAUUCAGUCUAUCGAGAAGCCAAAGGAAGACAAGAUGGAAAAUUCCGUGUUGGAGUCCAAGGAUGAGUUUGAGGAUGUUUCCGAGCACGCCAACGAUGGCUCGCAGGCUUCUUCCCAGAUGAUUUUCCCUAAGCUCCCUGUCGAAAGCCCCGUUGCGUCAACUGAGAACCUGGUUGCUGGCGUAAGUCUGAAGGGUGAGAAUAUGCCGGCGUCCGCCCCCAUGAGCGCGACCUCUACUGGAAUGGGCGAUGAUGAGAGUGAAGUCGAUGUUGGUUCCCUUGGGGAUGAGGUUGAAAGCUUCCUGACUGACGACGAGUACGAUGUCCUCGAUGCGAGCGAUGAGGAGGCAUUCGAGGAAUGCGAGAAAGCGGCUUGAGGUAGAAUAAUAAUUUGUGCUAGUCCUUGAAAUUGUAUUACUGAUUGAGGAGCAAGCUCCGGGUGGGGGAGAACCCGGUACGACGAUGUCGGUGUCUGCAGCCAUUCUUUCCUUUAUGUUUCCUUUGGUAGUUUUCUUCUGUUUUCCGCCGGUUUGUUACAGUCGUUUUCAAACACUGUGCACUCCUUUUCUGUUUUUCUGUUCGUUUAGUGGCUAUACUGCAUUGGUCAGUUACUUUUUUCAUUGGAGAGAAAUUGGAUCCGGUUUUUUUUUUCUUUGUCUUGUUUGUUUGGUGACGCAGGGGGAUAUUUUCUAGAAAAUGGGUGAUAACACGAUUCAAAUCUCUCCUCAUGAAUGUUAAGUUGGUGGUUUCAUUAGUACAGUACGUUGAACUAGCUGUUAGGAAAUUGUUGCAAUAAGAAAUGCGGUACUAUAUCACACCGGUAUCACGACACUCCCGAAAUAUAUUGUGGAGAGCCUUUCACGGGAACGUAGCCAGAAUCGUAAACCGGCCUAAGGUGUGGAGGAGUUCGGGGAUUUGGCAUUUUCUACCGUAUCGUCCUUUUUAGAUUAAUUUUGUGUUAGGCUUCGGCCCAGGAGUGCUUGAGCUGUUGUCUUUUCGGGAGAAAAGCGUCGAGUUUCCCUGGGAUUCUGUAGUCAUCUGUGGACUUUGCCGUGAAGCUACUUUUUGGUACCAGCAUACUCUCCGCAGCGGAAAACUUCUGCUCCC